CAAGUAGGACUGGGAGAGACUGCUGCUUAAAACCCAGAAGACCUACUGCCAGUCAGUAGGCAGUUAGGAGGAUGAAUGUUCUGACUCAGUAUAAGGCAGCUUUGUAUAUUCAGCGUCUUGGAAAAAUUGACAGCAUCAAUGAAUGGGUUGACUGUCUCUCUCAACUCCAGAUUAUUUGCAACAUAGCUAAGAAAGAUGCAGACAGUGACUGAAAAUGGAGAUCCCUCUUCUGGAAAACCAAAUGAGGAGAAAACGUAUAAAAAGACUGCCUCCUCAGCUAUUAAAGGUGCCAUACAGCUGGGGAUAGGCUACACGGUGGGCAAUCUCACAUCUAAACCAGACAGAGAUGUACUUAUGCAAGACUUCUACGUAGUAGAAAGUGUAUUUCUCCCGAGCGAAGGGAGCAACCUGACCCCUGCUCACCAUUACCCAGACUUCAGAUUUAAGACCUACGCUCCUCUAGCCUUCCGCUACUUCAGAGAACUUUUUGGCAUUAAACCUGAUGACUACUUGUAUUCAAUUUGCAGUGAGCCUCUAAUAGAACUAUCCAACCCUGGUGCUAGUGGAUCUUUGUUCUUUGUCACUAGUGAUGAUGAGUUCAUAAUCAAAACUGUUCAACACAAAGAAGCCGAGUUCCUUCAGAAGCUGUUGCCUGGCUACUAUAUGAAUCUCAACCAGAAUCCAAGGACACUCUUGCCAAAAUUUUAUGGACUCUAUUGUGUUCAAUCAGGGGGAAUUAAUAUCAGAAUAAUUGUGAUGAACAAUAUUCUGCCUCGAGCCCUGAAGAUGCAUUUCACAUAUGACUUGAAAGGUUCUACAUAUAAAAGAAGGGCCUCCAGAAAAGAGCGAGAAAAGUCCAAUCCUACCUUUAAAGAUUUGGAUUUUUUGCAAGAUAUGCACGAAGGAUUAUAUUUUGACUCAGAAACUCACAGUGCACUGAUGAAAACACUACAGAGGGAUUGUAGGGUUCUGGAAAGCUUUAAAAUCAUGGAUUAUAGUUUGCUUCUUGGAAUCCAUAUGUUGGACACUGCAGCAAAAGACAGAGAAGGCGAGCCAUCUCAAAGCACAUCUGAUUCUAAACGUCCAGGAGGACAAAGAGUUCUUUAUUCUACAGCUAUGGAAUCAAUACAGGGUCCAGGAAAAUCUGGGGACUGUGUCAUCACAGAAAGUACUGAUACGAUGGGAGGCAUUCCAGCUAAAAGCCAUAGAGGAGAAAAGCUGCUGCUAUUUAUGGGCAUUAUUGAUAUCCUACAGUCUUACAGGUUAAUAAAGAAGUUGGAGCAUUCCUGGAAGGCGCUUGUUUAUGAUGGGGACACAGUUUCAGUUCACAGGCCAAGUUUUUAUGCUGACAGAUUUUUAAAGUUUAUGAGUUCCAGGGUAUUCAAAAAAAAUCAGACUUUAAAGUCCUCUCCCUCUAAGAAACGAUGCAAUUCCAUUGCUGCUCUGAAGGCUACCUCACAAGAAUUCGUAUCUGUGGUUAGCCAUGACUGGAAAGAUGAAAAGCAUGACUUUCUUGCAGAGGGACAGAGCUAUUGUAGCCUAGAUGAGGAAGUAUUAGCCUCCCGGCACAGGCCAGAUUUAGUGCCAAGCACGACCUCCUUGUUUGAAGCAGCUUCUUUAGCAACUACAAUUUCUUCUUCUUCCCUAUACACAGACGAUCAUUAUCAACAUGAUGGAACUAGGCUUUAUUCUAGCAGUAAAGGAUUGCCUUCAAGUUCAACGUUCACCCUAGAAGACAGCGCUAUCUGCUUGACUUCAGAACAGAGCGCAGUAGAGACGGAGAAUGAUAAUGCUUCUGUAUUGGAUGUGUAUUUAUAAAUACUAAUAAAAAGAAAAAAAUGAUGAAUUUUAAACAUCCAUACAUGUGAAGAAAAUCAUUUUCUGUACUCCAGAUUUAUUAGCAAAAAGUUGCUGAACCUGGUGACAUAAAAGCUGUAAUCAACAGAAACUCUAUCAAGAACAGAACAGGAUUCUUGAAUCAUAGAAGUAACACCUUAGACUCAGCAGAUGAGAUGUGAAACAUUCCACACUUUACUAUGACAUGCUGUUGCCUGCUGAACUGUGAAGAACUCCAGACAUAUACCAUAUUUCAAGCUACUUUGUCUACUCUCGCCAAUCAUCUUUUUAAGGACAUGAAAGUGAUAUUUUCCUAUUGACUCAUGUGAUUUUUCAUUUGCAUGUAUUCAUUGAUUAUGCACAAAUUAUCUAAUCUGCUUUGCCUAUUUAAAAAGCCAUCAUCACAAGGGUGAUUAUUACAUGAAUCAAUUCUGCUUCUUCCCAGAAUUAUAACUGCUCACCUAUUAAUUUCACACAAGGGUUAGUGUAAUAUGUCUGCACAUACUUUAUGGAAACUAUCUUAUAUAAAUAAAUUUUCACUGUUUAUUAGUGAAAUGAAGAAAAAACUAUUUAUAACAAGGCCUUAUGUUGUGUACAUAUAUUGUCUUUGAAAUAUUUGUGAUUAGAUAUAUUGCUUGUAAAUGAUAAAGUUGCAUAAUUUAU